AUGCCGCCGUUCAUCCUUCCUCUCUCUCCGACGAUCUACAGAGCAAGUUGGCACAGAUCUACAGAGCUGAGCGGCGGCGGCGGUGAACCUGGAGCUGAGCGGCGGCGGAGGGAGAUAAUAGGAACGGAGCUGGGAGCGGAGUUCGUGGGCACGUUCAUCCUCAUCUUCUUCGCGACGGCGGCGCCGAUCGUGAACCUGAAGUACGGCGGCAUGAUCUCGCCGUUCGGGAACGCGGCGUGCGCGGGCCUGGUGGUGACAACCAUCAUCCUGUCGACGGGGCCGACGAUAGGAGGGUCGAUGAACCCCGUGAGGACACUGGGGCCGGCGGUGGCCGCGGGGAACUACAGGCAGCUGUGGAUUUACCUGGUGGCGCCGACGCUGGGCGCAGUGUGCGGCGCCGGGGUGCAAAAACGCCGUAUUUAA